UCUACGAUCCCUCAAAACAUCAGCCGUUAUUCCCACAGCCAACAGCCUAGGCGAAUGCCCAUCGGGUCCAGGGAGCCCACGGCAGCCCAUGAGACGCUAAGCUGAUAUCAAGACAGCAACGCGUCCCAUCAUCACAAUAGAAACCUAUCGCAUUACUUCGCGUUUCCUCCAAACCACCGCGACAUUCUCGCCCCUCCUCAGUACCUACUACACGCUCCCUAUUCUACGCUCGGUAUCACUUCCAGAACGUUCUCCAUGUCUCAAAUCUCGAUACCCUACUUCUUUUUCUCUGAAAGUACGUACAGUCGGGGCUGGAAGACUCUCAGUCCAUUCCAUCAACGCCGAUUGACAGGAUUCAUUCAACGGCGAAAAACAUUUCAGCGCUUCCCCGGUGGGAUCAGAAAUGUCAUUGAUACUCGCUCGCGAGCACAUCCGCACACAUUUUGAGGAGGUGGUAAUCACAAAGUCGCUGCUCCCCAGACAAAGAUUAGGCGAACACGAGAAGAGAAGGGAAUAUACUCAAUACCAUAUUUGACUUCUACUGGAAGCAAGGCGUAUACACAAGAUCGCCCGCAGCGGCUCGGCUUUAUGCAGUUCGAGGACUGGGAUCGCGAAGCAACGUACGACAACGUGCCUCCCUGUCUACAUUACUCCAUUGAGUGGAAAGUCAUGGUCAAAAAGAAGGCGAUUAUCACGGACACGGAACAAGAUGUGGUACUCAGUCCUGCCGUGUACUGGGAGAAGUGCCUGCAACCGCGUCUGGAGGAGCGACUCUCGAAAAAAGGGUUCCCUCCCGGAGCGUUCGAGUUGAAGAGAUCGAAGUUAUCGUGUCCGUGACUGGGCGAACAGGGCGUCCGCUCACACGGCAGUUUGACGAUUUGCAAGUUGAAUGGUCGGUUGUGGAGACACAGCUAACAGAAUGGAGUGAGCUUUUUCAGAAGGGGAGGAAGCUCCUCGUGAAAAUUCGCAUUCGAUAUGUAGAGGUUAACACAUCGAUUUCGACCAAUGGUCAAGCGACCAAAACCACGAAAGUUGGGAGGACUGCCACGCAAUACAUGCUGGCCGACCGUGCCGCUCAAAUUGACGCCGAGGAAACCACAGCCGGCCAGCCCUCUGCUUGGCGACAUGUCUAUGCCUUAAUGCGUUGUCCGGGACCACCCUGUGUCCCACAAGCCCUGGUGUUGGCACGACACCGAAACUCAGAAAAGGUACAGAUUGAAAGGGCACCAUCUGCGAACUCUCGUCAGGUUACGACUGGAAGGAUGAUCAAACCAACGAGAUCCGAAGCGAGUAUAUUAUAAUGGAGCAUUCCCCCGGCGUUUUGCUGCAUUCUGUAUGGGCCGGGAUGGCUAUUGACCAGUGAGUUCAAUGUAUCGAGAACAUUUGUCAACUGCUAGGCUGGAUCGAUGACAUCCAUUUUCCAGCCUAUGGAAGUUUGUACACAACAGAUCAGCAGCUCGAGUCCGCAAUAACAUUACAGGAGGAUGAUCGAUUUUGUGUAGGACCACACGUUGCAACCCGAUAUUGGGAUUGCAACGUCAGAGAUCGUCGAUAUUACGACCGGUAGCCACCAAAUAGAGGCCCAUGGACGGGCCUAUCGACUUGGAGUGAUGGACUGAUCGAUGCCGGCAUCUCGAGAGUUCCACCACAAGACAAAGACCACGAGUUUCGACCGUCUUACUUCGGCACUCCUAGCAUGCAUCUUCAACUGCUUCAAGAAGGACGUCUACUCUUGGAUACAAUGUCGAAAGACCCGAGGACUCGCGCCGUCGCAAACCCGACGUUGUUUCAUCCAGAUUUGAACAUGCGGAAUGUCUUCGUUGACAGUGACAACCCCACCAAAGCCGCAAGCUUCAUUGACUGGCAGUCGGCAAGUCUCGAUCCGGCAUUCUGGGUCUCCGCCAUAAGGCCUGAUUUUGCUUCUCUACCAGAUCAGCCUGAUGACUCGACGAAUGAUGGUAUCAUAGUAUGCGCCAGAGCCUUCGACCUCUGCAUAGGGUCGUAUCUUCCACAGUUGGCUCGCGCGUAGUCCCUUGAUUCACGCCUUGUCCGCCCUUUCCAAUACCCACAUCGGACAUGGAACGAUGGUGUCGUUGCUUUUCGGCAUGACCUGGUUAUGACUUCAAAAGAGUGGGAGAGUUUAGGGUUUGAAGGGACAUGUCCCAUUAAUUGCGAUGCCGGACUCCGAAAAGUUUUCUGCUCAUGAACGCGAGUUAUCGAUACUUUAUUGCUGCCCUAAAAUUACAGCAACAGGUGGCAGACUAUCUCAACAUCUCAUCCGACGGCUGGAUACCUGAGGAGGCUUGGACUGCGGUACAGUUGCAGCAUCAGUAACUCUAUUCUAAUGUAGUGCAAGCCAUAACGAGUGCCGAGGAUUCCGACGACGACGAACCUAUCAAAAGCGAAAAGGAGUUGAAAGCGAUCUGGCCGUUCGAUUUAUGAACUCGUACUAUCCACACAGCGAGAAACUUUUAUGUUGAAAUAGCUACGCUCAUACCAUCCAGCAGUUGCAUGUUGCAUCAGUGGU